AUGGUUCCCCUGCAUUCCCCAGCUCCUUCCUUCCCCCAGCCCCGUUCUCUCCGUUCACUCCGUUCUGUCUCUGUGAGGCCAGGCUCAAAGCCACAGGCAAAAUAUAUGCAGAGUCGUCCAGCUGUCAGUCAUGCUGGAGUGAAGCCUCCUGUUCAAGUGCAGAUUUCUGAUCUGCACAAGAAAAUCCAAUUGUUGGAGGGCGACCGUAAGUCUGUCUAUGAGAGCACUCAGUGGACCAUCAAAAAGAACAAGGAAACUAUUAAACAUCUUCGAGAAGAGAACAAGAUAUCAUACCAGAAGCUGACAGACUUGUUCAGUGGUGAUGAGAGAGUGGUGCGUUGGGUCAUCAGAGAGUGGAAAGAGGAAAAGCCUUAUCUGAAAAACAAGAAUGGGGAGGAAGCCCUGGCCCUUAUGGAUCACCGGCUGAGUGAGAAGAUAAAACAAUUAAAUGCCCUUCGAUAUGAGGCAGAACAAAGGCGGCACCGAAUAGAAGAACUCCAGUUACAGUAUUCACUUCGAGAGCUGGAGGUCAUUGAAGUUCGAGACAGAAACAGUGAGAUGGCAAAGACCAUACGCAACCUGGAGAAUCGGCUGGAAAAAGCACGGCUGAAGGCCGAUGAGGCAGAACACAUCACUCGAGUCUACCUACAGCUGAAGGCUUACAUGCAGGAGGAGAGCCUGAACUUUGAGAACAAACUGGAUGCAAUGGAGGGCGAAGUCAAACGACUAAGACAUGAGUUCUCAGAACUGCAGAAUGUGACCCAGGAAGCCACACAUGCUCGGGAUGCUGCCAAGAGUGAACUUCAGAAGCUGGAGGAGAACUUAUUCAAAGAUCGGAAGGAGCGAGACAGGGUAUUGAUGGAGGCCAAGAAGCGAACAGAAGAGAAGAAGCUUCAGAAUGAACGCAUUGAGAGGAGGACUCAGCAGCGAGAUCAUGUACCUCUUCGGUCUGAUGAAAUCUUUACAGAUGCCCAGGGGACAAAAACAGGCCACUUAAAGAACCGCUGGACCACGUACCAGACAGAGAUCGCAUUUGAUAGGCUCAAGGUUGCCACCGGCAUAUCUGACCCCAGUUCUGUGGUGAGCAGGUUCAUAGCCCAGAGUGAGACAUUUGCACACCUGGAGUCCUUGAAGCAAGAGAAUGAAGCGAGGCUGGUGACGCUGAAACAAGACAAGCAGCGUCUGCAGCAAGAGCUCACUCAGCUGAAGUACUCCGGGGAGGCCAAGGCCAUCAGGGAUCAGAAGGUCUUGGUUGAGCUUCGAAAGCAUCUGGAUAUCCAGGAGAAACAAGUAGCAGAAGCUAAGGAGAAGCUGCAAAAUACUAUUCUAGCACUUCAGCUUGCCAAGGGUGGGGUUGAGCACCUGGCCGACAAAUUGCAGCAUAUCCCAGUGGAGAAAAGCAAAAAGGAGCUAAACCCGAAUGCCUUAGAUUAUGUGCUGGAUGUCAUGGCUCAGAACGAGGAGAAAUUGCUCAAACUUCAGAGUGAUAUGGAGGGGCGAGACGUGCCAGAUCUACUGCACCAGCUUGCUGAGCGGGAGUUCUAUGCCACCCUGGAGGGGAAGCUUCCUCCUCACAACACCCGCAUCUUGCUGCCCACAUCUACCGCCCAGGACAUAUUCUUUGAUGAGGAAGUGAGUGAGGAUGAGACCGGGGAGAUAGUGACCAGAGCAUCCUUGAAGUUUCAGUCUCAGAAACUCAUAGAGUCCAAGAGCAAGAAGAGAGGCCGAUCUCGAUCUCGCAAGCGGUCAUAG